UUUCUUCGGACACCGUUCUGGUCUUCCUAGAAACGUAUAUAUGAUCCAAUUCGCUUUGCAGAAAAUCGGAGAAGAUGGUGGCAAUUUCGCUCUACAGAGGGAAUCUGCAUAGAGUCCCCGACGUGACUCGCAGAUGGCUCAUGCCAAACCCUAAAAUUUCUCUCAAAGAUUUCAAGUCCCUUCUAUUGCGUCGUUCCAAGGCCCUUUCUCUCCUUCAUACUACCACCACCUCCUCCAAUCCGAACCCAAGCCCUAACCCUAACCCUAACUCUCCCCCUAAAGCUUAUACUGAUGCUCCUACAGUUAACGGGUCUAUUCUUUGUGUUCAAUCUGAAGCUAUAAAGGUCAGUGAGAAUGGAGAGGGGCCUUCACGGAAGGACGAAGAUCACAAGGAAUCGGAACCUCUUGGUCCUUUUUUAGAUUCCAAGACUAAAUUACCGGAGAAAGCUUCUGAACCUGUCGAUGGUGGUGCGACUUCAAUGGAAAAUCAGAUUGUGCCGAUCAGAGACAAGGAGGAUUUGUCAAGUGACAAAGAGAAAAGGAGGAGGGAAGUUGAAGAUAAGUUACAAAUUUUGAAUGCGAAGAAACAUAAUUUAGUACUGGUGUUGAAACAGAUAUUGAAUGCAGAGGAAGAGUUGAAAAGACAAAGCAGUAUUCAAGGGACUGCGAUGCGCCCUUCUGUGCCACUUCAAGCAGAUGGAACAAAUGAUACUGGAUCAAUGGGUAAACACGGGGCUCCAAGGAUCAGUUCAGAAGCAAAUCUAGGUGAUGAUGUGGAAGGGGUUGCAGCUGAUGAUCUUGCAAAUCAUAGUAUUCAUUCUCGCCACAUGCUUCGCACAAGUAGCAUGUCACCUUCUUCAGAUUCACCACUUAGGAGGACUCCGACUGUUCAGCAAAAUGCGGUUUCACAUCUGCCUCGAGCAAACUUGGGUACCACGGCUAGUCCAUCCCGCUUUGCACUGUCAGGACAUCAAACGAAUCCCGUGAACCCACCUUCAGUAUCUGUAUCAGGAAUAAGUUAUAUUGCAUCGUCCCCUUCCCCAGCGGCAUCCGGUGGCACUUCAGUUUUCAAAGAUGCUCGGCAGCCAAGCCCCUGGAACUAGGAUUUUGGUUUGAAACUUGGAGACCUUAUUUCUGUAUCCUCAUGGUGUCAUGCGCUUUCCGGAAUCAGAAAUGGACUAAGUCUAGCCAUACCUCUGUCUGUCAGAAGUGAGAAUUCUCUGCAUUGUUAGCUUACCCAACUUGAAGGACUGCUUCUCAUCGGAGAGUGAAAAAUACAAGGUCAAUCCCAUCCUUUUAAAAGUUAAUGUAACAUGCUGUCCUCGUUGUCUGGAAUCCUAGUUUUGUAUUCACCUAUGAACUCGUGUCAAAUUAAGAUGUGGGCGUGUGGUAGACUGUAGACCUGUAUUGUAAAUUGUUUAUGGAAAAUAGGAAGAUAUAUCGAAGCGUCAACCUCAUUCCUGUA